AUGGCUUCGGUUCGGUUGUCCACACGACAAGUACUCAAUGUGCUUCGACGACCCCGCACAUGCCAAAAUCUCGCGCCAACAGCCUUGUCAAUCCAGCUUGGGCUCCGGAAUAUACAUGUCUCCCCGACCCGUCUGACCGACCGGCCAACGACACUGACCAACAUCCUCGCUUCCGACAUACCCCCACCAGUUCAGGUCCUCUCCGUCUCAAAGACAGGCAUUAAGCUCGCUGACGGACUCGUCCUGACCGGACCUGUUAUAUUCUUGGAUGGAAAAGUGUUUUUGUGGGACGUUCCGAACGGCGGGUUCAGUUCUACUGUAAGUACAGGGGAUGGGAUCGGGUGGGAAGGCUGGACGAGCGAGCAUUGGUCCAUGUUCGAGGUUGUCGUACCAAAGCCUGAAAUUCUCGUGUUUGGUACGGGUGCACGCGUGGAAUUCGUCCCGCCCAGAGUAAGGUCAUAUAUAACGGGACUGGGCAUACAACUGGAUGUAAUGGAUACCAGAAACGCAUCGUCGACAUAUAAUCUCCUAGCGGAAGAAGGAAGACGGGUCGCUGCGGCACUCCUCCCUUUGGAGCCCAAGUUAUGGGAGAGAAAGAAAGGGUUUUGA